CUCUGAUAAAUUCUUCGUCUCAUAUAAUAUCUCAUACAAUUCGACAACCUUCAACAAGCCAAAAGUUCAAUAAUGAAAAUGUGACAGAUUAUUUUAAUACACAAUUCGACCAAAGUAACUUUGAUGAUGAAAAUGUGAUAGAUAAUUCUGAUACACAAACGAAUGAAUUUGAAAAUUAUAAUGAUAGUAUAAAUAUGGAAGAGACAUCAUCGCAUAUGGAAAUAAUAGAAGACUCACUCCAAGAACAUAACGAGAUAAACAAAUAUUG